GACUUGAGCCAUUUUCUUUCUUCCUGGAAUUCUUUUUUUUAACAACUGGUCUAGAGGCUGCUGAUAGGUAAGAGCAUGAGACUUUUUAAUGCUAGAAAAGACACAUAAUGAAUACAGCAAAUUAAUAUAACCUAGAUACUAUUUUGGCUAGACAUAUUCUAUUUACUACUUCACAAGAGAGGUGCUGGGAUUGCAAUAAGGAAUACUGUAGAGGACAUCUUAGCAAUAUUAAAGAGAGAGUACUUUGAUAACUAAGCAUAGAACAUUUAUAUAAGUUAAUCAAAUAGCGUUUUGAGAUUUAUACUGCAGUUUUAAUAAUUUCAUUGAACUACUUCUUUGGAAAUACAUUUAAACUUUGCAAAGACUUUGUAAAUGUAAACUUGUAAUCAGAAAGUGGAUCAAUGCGCUUGUCUACAUAUAGUUAAUCAUUUUAACAUGCAGCUGUGUACAAUUUUGGUGCUAGGUGAAAUAACGUGAAGGAAUUAAUUGGGAAUGCAUUAUUCUAACAUGCUUUUUGGUUGAUUAGUAUCCUAAGUGGUGGUGUGGAUAUUUGCAUUGUCUCCUUUUUCUCCUCUGUGCAUUUAAGUUGAAGUCUGUACUCUUAUGUGUAAUGGUGUAUAUCUCAGGUGCUUCCUUACAACACUCAGCUUUAUUGCCCUAACUUACUUUUACUACCCUGCAGCACUUCACUGAUACUUUUCAUUGAAAGAGGACAAGAGUACAAAUUAAUUGCAGUAAAGAUAGAUUGCAGGUGCAAGAUAACAUAACCAUAGAUACAGGAAAUGGGGCAUGCUGGGAGACAGGGUGCUGGGCUUAGUGGGACUGUGCGAGGAGGUGUUAGAAAGGAGCGGCUGCUGGUAGUUAAGUCACCACUGGCACCUUGCUCUGAGAAUUGUGCACCAGAAUGUGACUCACCACUGCAGAAUCAAGAAAACCACAACUGGCUCUGGAUUCUUUAUCUCUUUUGCCUCAUUUUUGUAUUAGCAUUUGUACUACAGAUUUUCAAAAUCAUCCUCUGGCAUCCAUUCAUUGACACAGAGGAGAUCCAGGCACGAGGAAGAUCAAGGAAGGGUGCAGAGAAAGGGACCCUGAAGAAGAAGAUGGGAAAGCUCCAUUCAAAGUCUGAAAAUCUGGAGAAGAAGAGCGGUGAGUGGGACAGUACCAUGGCAAGGCAUUCCUUCCACCAAUAUGCAGAGGAGCUCCGUGCCAAGUCUGAAAAUCUGAAGAAGAAGAAGAAGGAGCCCCGUGCCAAGUCUGGAAUUAUGCUGAGGAAGAACGGUGAGUGGGACAGUACCAUGGCAAGGCAUCCCUUCCACCAAUAUGCAGAGGAGCCCCGUGCCAAGUCUGAAAAUCUGGAGAAGAAGAACGAGGAGCCCCGUGCCAAGUCUGAAAAUCUGGAGAAGAAGAACGAGGAGCCCCGUGCCAAGUCUGAGUUAUUGCGUGUACAAAGACAUAAAGGGCAAGCAAGAGGCAUAGGAACCUACAAGUCCCUUGGAGCUGUCAUAGCUAUGAUGUCUCUCUUGCGGACAAAUCCAGAUGUUUCCAUUCUCAUUGCUGCAGAUGCUGAGGUUCUUGCAGAGCCCUCUGGCACUCAUGUAAGCCAGGAAAGGUCAGGCUGGCCUCAUCAUGAGACAGGCAGUAGAAGCCAAGCCCCAGCAGCCACCUCAUCUGGAAUUCCCAGCGAUGUGUGUUUCUUAGCCUCCUUGGAAACUCUGUCACUGAGACCGCGUAUGGGGCUGACAGCAGUCAUCUUCCUCUUGGUGUUGGCAUCUAGACACCAGCCCACUGCAGGUGUUGGGCAUGAUCCAUUGCUUGUUGUGGAUGAUUAUGAGGAUGGUGGUAUUCGACUCAAAUGUUUAUCUGAAAGGUUGUUUUCUGAAGCUCAGCUGUUGUGGACAGACAGUAGAGGAGACAACAUCACAGGAACUCCUCUCUCUGCUGACACUGGCACUGCUGGUGUCAGCAGCUCCAUCGUUCUUAAAGCAGGAUCUGGGAACUCCAUGUCCUACCGCAUUCUAGACAAACAACUGAAAACAUCAACAGAAUCUUCUGUUGCCAUUGCAGAUGCCUUCUUUCCCUCCACCUCCCCUUGGCUGGCGGCAUUUGUUGUGAUCCUGCUCCUGAGCAUAUUCCUGGUCCUCGCUGCAAUUUAUAAAAUCAGAAAUAACAAUAAGGAAAUCACUCGUGCACAAAAUGCACGAAAGCAAAUUGAGCAAGAUAUAGAUGAACUCAAACGGAAACUGGAUGAACAGGAGAGGAGAUUUGAGAAGGAAAAUGAGGAUGCAGAGAAAAGAAUUGAAAAUGUCCGGAAUGAACUGAAGUUCAGGAAAGCUCGUAGCAAUGCAGUUAAUAUCACUCUGGAUCAGACAUGCAAACACCCCAACCUCUGCAUUAGUGACGACAAAAGGAGGGUAAAGUCCUCAGACAAGAAAGAGACAGCCCUCAAAGCAAUGGUGGUAGCUACUGAAGGUUUUCCAGACAAAAAACAUUACUGGGAAGUGGAGGUGGGGAACCAAUCACAGUGGGAGCUGGGAGUGGUGAGUGAGAAUGUUAGGGAUGUGAUAAUGAACAACAUGGGGAUUUCUCCCCCAGUGAAUGGUUUAUUCAGUCUACAGUACUCUCAGGGAAAAUACAUAUUAACUGGUAGGGAGGAUGUAAGUGAUUGCAAACAGUGCAGUGUGGUGGGUGUUCUCCUGGAUGUGGAAAGCUCUGAGCUUUCAUUCUACAAUGUUGAAGAAAUGAGCCCUCUUGGGUCUGUCGUUUUGGAGUUUACUGGGAAACUGUAUCCAUUCUUCAGUCCAGACUCAAGUGGCAAGUGGCUGGGGGUACGUCCUGUAAAACCUCAGACCUAUGAUCCUCUUCCACAGGGUGAGAAGGAGAUUAAUGAGUGAGCAAUGUGGUGAAUAAUAGAGGAUGCAAAAAUGUAGAAGAAGAGAAGAAUGUAUUUUCAUCUUUAAAAAGCAUGGUUAAGGAACAAAUAGUCCCUGAAGUACUUCAGAGGGAGCCAUCUUGCCGUAAGAGCUCAUUUUGUAAAAAUUGAAAUGUAUCAAACGUUGCAACUGUAUUUUAUUCUGUCUGGAUUAAAAACAAGCAAAUAAACAAGUAAAAGCACACACACACACAAA